GAAAUGGAGCAAUCAAAGUAAAACGAUAGCAAAUUAAUCGGAGAUAAUCGCCGUUUUUCAACAGCACGCUUGCUUUAUUCUCUUACAACAUGCCAUUGAUUUGUACUAGAAUUUUGGUAGCAGGUUGAAGCCCAACUCAUUGUCUAGGACUAGGACUUCUAAAUGGCCAUGGCGGGCAGUAGCUGCAACCAACAGUCCUUUCAUUCGCGUUGCGGGCGCUCCAUAACGCUUCACAAUGGCAAUCGCUGCGCUAAGCGUUCCGUACGUGAUUUUAGCCAUGCUCUAGUUUUCAGUGCUAAGCCGCUAGCCGAUGAUGAACUGUUCGAAGUAGUUAUUGAGAAAAAGAAUCAUUCCUGGGGCGGCAGCAUUGAGAUUGGUGUCACCUCGGAGUCACCUGAUGACCUGGAACUGGUAGCCUGCGCUACCGCCAUGCGCAAUGGCACCUGGGUAAUGUCUGGGAUUGAUGUGCGGAAGGAUGGUCGUCGCCUGCUGGAGUUCUAUGGCACGGAUCUGGAGACGCUUAAUGAGAACGACCGUGUUGGGGUCAUGAUUGUUGGCGCGACUCGGGAUCUGGUCUUCUAUGUGAAUGGGGAGAGUCAGGGUGUGGCGGCGAAGAAUAUGCCCAAACCGCUGUGGGCUCUAGUUGAUCUCUACGGACGUUGCGUGCAGGUUUCUUUGUGUCCGACAGACCGAAGCGCACGUGAGUUUGUAGACUCGCCGGUGCAACAGGUGGUGCAGAAUCUGGAUGUGGCCAUGAGUGUGGAUGUUAAUGUGGAUAGCAGCAGCAGCAUGGAUGCAUUAUCGCGUCUUAAUUUAAAUGCUAGUGCAGCAAGCAACUCUUGUAACGGCGGCGCCGGUGACUUUUACGAUGUCAAUGACCGCCUGCGCUUUCACACACGCUGUGGCUCUCUGGUGAAGCUUUCGCCAAAUUUUCGUUCCGCCGAGCGACGCCGUCCACUGGAUGAGUUCAACAAUGGUGUGGUCAUGACACAUCGUCCGUUGCGGGACAAUGAACUCUUUGAAAUACGCAUUGAUAAACUGGUGGAUAAAUGGUCCGGUUCCAUAGAGGUAGGCGUAACCACGCACAAUCCCACGGUGCUUCAUUUUCCUGCCACUAUGACAAACAUGCGCUCCGGAACGAUCAUGAUGUCCGGGUCGGGAAUCCUCACAAAUGGAAAAGGCACCCGCCGUCAAUAUGGGGAAUUUAAUUUAGAUGAGCUUCGAGAUGGCGAUCGUGUUGGCAUGAUGCGCAAAGCAAACGGCAACUUGCAUUAUUAUAUUAACGGACAAGAUCAGGGAAUUGCAGCCACACGCGUUGCUGCCACGCUAUGGGGUGUUAUCGAUCUCUAUGGCAUGACCAUCAAGGUGACAAUUGUGGAUCGUGAUGAGCGGGAGCAGCAGAAUCUGGUAACACGCCGCAAUAAUAUUGUGGCCGGCAUGGCCAGCAGUAAUACUCAGUUGGGCACUCCCACACUUAGUCUGCUCAGUCCGGAAAACGAAAUUAUAGCUGGAGCGGCUGGAGGACUCAGUGAAACUAUUUCCAGCACACGAGCCAUUGCACGCAACGAUGAUCGCUUGACGUUUCAUCAUAUUUGUGGCAGCCAUGCCACAGUUACCCAAAGCGGACGAACCGCAUUGCGACCCAAUGCCGCGGAUGACUUUAACAAUGGUGUUGUCCUGACACGCCGUCCCCUACGGCCCAACGAAUUGUUUCAAGUGCGUUUGGAGCGCGUCGUAACCAAAUGGGCGGGCUCUGUGGAAAUGGGUGUGACGACGCACUGUGCCGAAGAGCUAGACUUUCCCUUCACCAUGACCAAUGUUCGCUCUGGCACGUGGAUGAUGACCGGCAAUGGAAUAAUGCAAAAUGGAGUAACCAUCAUUGAACAAUAUGGUCAGAACUUGGAUCGCUUGCAGGUGGGGGAUCGCGUUGGCGUCGUGCGCAAAGAUGAUGGCACCCUGCAUUUUUGGGUUAACGGCGUGGAUCAGGGUCCAGCCACAACUGUGCCGGAACGCGUCUACGGCGUCAUUGACUUGUAUGGCCAGGCGGCACAAGCCAGCAUUAUAGAUACUUCGGAGUGUGGUAGUCCAGAUACGGGAAAUUCAACCAUUUCCAAUACGACGCUGUACAGUGAAGUUCCGCUGCGAUUCCACAGCAUACAUGGCACUAAUGCGGGCAUCUCAAAUGGUGGAUUAACUGCCUCGCGUCCCAAUUCGCUGGCCGAGUUCAAUGAUGCUAUCGUCUUCAGUAAUCGCCCGUUGCGUCAUCGGGAGCUAUUCGAAGUGGAGCUGGAAACCAUGGUUCGACAUUGGUCGGGCAACAUUGAGAUUGGAGUGACUGGCACACGUCCAGAAGACAUACAAUUAGCGCCCAAUGCGACCGAUCUUGAGGCUAACGAUACGAUCAUACUCUGUGGACCUAUGAUCUUUCACAAUCGCAAAUCUAUACGCACUAAUGUGCUCAUCGAUCUAGAUACCCUGGGAACUGGCGCUCGAGUUGGUGUGAUGCGCAGUGGCGAGUUUAUUCACUUCUUUGUGGAUGGCAUGGAUCAAGGACCUGCCUGUGAAUGCCAUGCGCCCAACAUAUGGGCUAUCAUCGAUCUAUAUGGGCAGUGUGCCCAGGUGAGUCUAACCCAAACGCAACUCGAUAUACGCGCUCCGUACGCGACCAGCGAAAAUUCGCAAAGCUGUCAAGCCACAUCGGUCAUUCAACAUCCAGCUCUGGAAACUAAGCAUCGUUGGACGUGUUUGACGGGCAAUGUUACCUUAACUAAAGACUGGACAGAGGCAGCACGUCCAACAGGCAGCUCGGCAGCAUUAUCCCACUGCGUGGUAUUCUCGGAGCAUCCGUUAAGUGUGGGUUCACCCUUUGAAAUCAAGCUGACCGCCAUAAAUCCAAUGUUUGCGGGCUGCUUGAACAUUGGCAUUACGGAUCUGAACUUAGCCGAUGAUAACGUCCGCAAGAAACUGCCCGUCAGCCUGAAGAGAAUUCCCGCAAAUGUUUGGUACGUCAGUGGCAACGAAGUGCGUUUCAAUUCCACCUGCUUGCAACGAUCGUUUGCUUCAUUGGAAUGGCUGCGCAUUGACGAUCGUAUUACCCUAGAGCUGAGCUCCACACGCACAUUACGCAUUCUACUCAACUCUGAGGACAUGAACAUUAAGUUCAAUGACAUACCAAAUGAUGUUUACGUUGUGGUUGAGCUGCAAGGCUCCACAAUGGCAGUUCAGGUGAUUUCAUCGCAAGGUCCCACCUCACCCCUGCGACCGUGCAGCUUACGCCUGCAGGAUUCAAUGGAGUUUGGAAUGGAUCCGUUGAACAAGCAAGACUCCAUGCUGGAAUCCAUUGACUCUGAGGCACAAAUUUAUGAAUUUGUCGACAUAUCCAACAAGCAUGCACGCCUCUCCGACGAUCGACGCAGCGUCACGCGCACAAAGUCCUACAAUCAGGCCAUUGUGUGCCUAAACAAGCCAUUGUGCAAGGGCGAGAGCAUUAGCAUCAAGGUGGAUGCACUGAACAACAAAUGGAAGGGCACUCUAGGCCUGGGUGUUGUAGCCACAUGUCCACAACAGGCCAGUGCUAAUAUCGUGCCUAUUUCGCUGCUCAAUUGCAAACGCAACUGCUGGCUCGCCACACACGAUUUCAUCAACAUCAACGGCCAGGUUGUGGCCUCCAAAUAUGGGGAGAUGCUGGAACAGAUUCAAGUCGGCACAGUCAUUACUUUGACACUCACGCAUGCGGGCAUGUUGGUCAUUAUGGUUGGCUCAACGAAUCUCGAGGAUUUGGGCAGCGGCUUGCCAAGUCAUGUCUAUCCCGUUUUCGAUGUCUAUGGGAAAUGCGAGAAAAUUACACUCAUUACUGGUAACGAUGCGGCACGCAAUGGCACUCCCAUUAUUGAAGCACCCGAGGCCCUAGAGUUGGACAAUGGAGUGCCGCAGCAGUGCGAAAAGGCGCACCUAGAAAUGCAUGAGAAGGAAAAGGAUUCGGAGCAAAUGAGCGAGAGCUCAAGGGAGUUACAAAUGGGCGCAUCCACCUCCGGCAAUGCUAUGACACGAUCGGUGAUGGAAAGCGUAUCCGAAAACUUACUGCUCAACAUUUCGAUAAAAAAUCGUACACUGGAACAGCAACGUAGCGAACUGAGCAGCUCCUCCUCCACUUGUUGCCUGCGCGAAUCCUUGCAGCUGCAGCAUAACACAAAUCUAAACAUCCAACGCAGUCAGAGCACGCAACGUUUCCAAAAUUCGCUCAACACCUCAACGGGUGGUGGCGCAUCCGGUUCCACGGCGAAUGCUGGUGGCAGCGCUCUUCCUCCAUCCACCGCAACACAACAACCGUCCAGUGCUGUGUACGACACCAACAAGGAGCAGGAUGAGCUCCCGGCCAAUGUGGUUUCAGCCCUGCCUGACAAUUCCAAUGAGCCAGAGCAGAGUGAGAAUAAUGCCAACGAUGUAGAAGCCCAUGAUCGCGAGACGACCGGCGAGCUGAGCGACAAUAUGCUGGAGGAUGAUGAGAUAGACUACAUGAAUCAUUUGCUGCUAUUGCAACAGUUGCAACAAAACGAAUACACGCGCAUGCAACAUCACCUGAUGCCCGAUCAAAUGUCGCUGUUGAAUUUGGAUUUGUCGUCGCUGAACUCCGUGGAAUCGGACACCAAUUCAUCGAAUGCGCGCGCGGAGUCCCUACGCACAGCAGCGGCGGCGGCUCUGGAGCAAAACGAUUGCGAAUAUCUGAAGCAGGUUAAGCGUUUCUGCGCCUCCCUUGUGCUGCCGCAGGCCUUCUUUGACAGCCGCCUCGAGCCGAUUUGCUUCUGCGCAAAGUGCGGGAUUAGCCAUGGCGAUAAACUGGAGGGUUGGGUCUACUUCAAGCUCAAUCAGCAGACGGUGAAUGUCUCGGCAGCAACCACAAAUGCUGGGGGGGCCACAGCGACGACGGCGCCGCAAGUGCACUUCGAUCUCAAUGGCGAUUGGCUUCCCUUUUAUUAUAUGACGCGAGUGGACAAAAUACGAGCCAUACUCGAUCGCGGUCAGCCCUUGCCGCUAGAGACCGAUGAAGACACCGAUGCUGGGGCCAAUAGCGGCUCCGGUGGCACCCAAAAGGAUGAACCCGGCACACGCCUAGAGUUGUAUUACUCGCCAAAUGCCACAAUUAUUGAGCCUGUCCUGCCGCAGCAUAAUUUGGUGUCAGAGCAGGGCGUGCAUCGCAUCUCCACAUCGUUUGAGGUCUAUGUGCGUCGUCAGUCAAUUUCUGGUGUGACGAGCAAGGCCUCCGAAUCGAAGCGACGCAGUCUCAGCACGGCAGAGAGUGUGGCGGCCGCCACCACUCAUGAGACGAACAACAACACUGGCGGUAGUGGUGGCGAAGUCAAUGGAACAACUGCAGGCACUCUCAACGAAUCCUCCGUGCAUUUGCUUAACGACCUUUGCUGGUUUACCAAAGAGGCUGGCGCCUGCAUUAUAAAUGCGCUCAUCAUAAAACUGGAUCGCAUCGAGUCAGAGUCCAAUGCCACAAAUUAAAUACAAUUCAAACACUCACACUAGUCAACUAAUAGAAAAAAACCCACACACGCUUCUCACUUGCUGCUCCGUCGUUCCUUACAUUCAUUUUUAUAUCACUUUGAUUUGUAAGAUCGCAGCUUAUAAUAAACCAAAACAGAAAACUUAGAGAAUUCCGAUUUACUAUACUUGUAAUACGACUUCUUGGUGAUGCGUCGCGAAGAAUUUGUAAUAACCCCUAUUGAUAUUAAUUUAUUUUUAAAUUAUACAAAAUAUCAAACAUGA